CCCCCCCAGCGCGCCCAGUUCAACUGGGACCCCGAGACGGUGGGGAUGAUCCACGGCUCCUUCUUCUGGGGCUACAUCGUCACGCAGAUCCCCGGCGGCUUCAUCGCCCAGAAAUUCGCCGCCAACAGGGUGUUCGGGCUGGCCAUCGUGUCCACCUCGGUGCUCAACAUGCUGAUCCCGUCGGCCGCGCGCACCCACGUCGGCUGCGUCAUCGCCGUGCGCGUCAUGCAGGGCCUGGUGGAGGUCAGGAGCUGGUGGGUCUCUGGGGGGGUCGGGGUGCCCCCUGACGCCCCCUCCCCAGGCUCGUACGCGGGGGCGGUGGUCGCCAUGCCGCUGGCCGGGGUCCUGGUGCAGUACACGGGCUGGAGCUCCGUCUUCUACGUCUACGGCAGUUUCGGGGUGCUCUGGUACUUCUUCUGGGUGCUGGUGUCCUACGAGAGCCCGGCCCAGCACCCGACGAUCUCGCCCGAGGAGCGGAAAUACAUCGAGGAGAGCAUCGGGGAGAGCGCGGGCAGCAACCCGCUGCUGCUGGCCACGCCCUGGCGGCAGUUCUUCACCUCCAUGCCCGUGUACGCCAUCAUCGUGGCCAACUUCUGCCGCAGCUGGACCUUCUACCUGCUGCUCAUCAGCCAGCCCGCCUACUUCGAGGAGGUGUUCGGCUUCGAGAUCAGCAAGGUGAGCCCCAAAAAUACCCAAAAACAGCCCAAAAAAACAGCCAAAAAGAUACCGCAAAAACCCGCGCAGAAACAGCCCAAAAAACACGCAAAAUGCCCCAAAAUCUUGCUGCUCAUCGGCCACCCGCCUGCUUCGAGGAGGUGUUCGGCUUCGAGAUCAGCAAGGUGAGC